AUGGGCGCCGCCACUGUGCUCCUCGCAGCUUUCGCGGGGCUUCUGGCCCUCGGCAACCUCGCCGUCUCCACCGCAGCCCCCCGGGCCUUCUUCAUCUUCGGCGACUCUCUAGUUGAUAACGGCAACAACAACUACCUGGCCACAACCGCCCGCGCCGACGCGCCGCCCUACGGCAUCGACUCCCCAACUCACACCCCCUCUGGCCGCUUCUCCAAUGGCCUCAACAUCCCCGACAUCAUCAGUAAGCUCAUCUCUCUCUCUCUCUCUCUUUGUAGCUCUGUAGCUCUUGAUGAUGUGAGUUAUGGGUGUACUGUGACUGAUCACUGCAGGUGAGAAACUAGGGGCAGAGCCGACGCUGCCAUACUUGAGCCCUGAUCUCGACGGAGAGAACCUUCUCGUCGGCGCCAACUUCGCCUCAGCCGGGAUCGGAAUUCUCAACGACACCGGCAUACAGUUCGUAAGUGCCACAGCCGCCCUCCUCAGCUUCUCUUCCCCCACCGGCGUUUCUGCUUCUGGUUUUCUGACGAACGGUGGUGCUCCGUCUGCAGAUGAACAUCAUAAGGAUCACGCGGCAGAUGGAGUACUUCCAGCAGUACCAGGAGCGAGUGAGCAACCUCAUCGGUCCCGUGGCGGCGCGGCGGCUGAUCAACCAGGCCCUCGUGCUCAUCACCCUCGGCGGCAACGAUUUCGUCAACAACUACUACCUCGUCCCCUUCUCCGCCAGGUCCCGCCAGUUCGCCCUCCCCGACUACGUCGACUACCUCAUCUCCGAGUACCGGAAGAUCCUCGCGGUGAGUCAGACUCCAUCUCCGGCGAGCUCUCAGAGUUCUUCUCCUCCGUCGAGCUCUCGGAGUUCUUCCGGCGGCUUUCUUCUGAACCUGCGGCGGCGACUGCGCAGAAUAUGUACAAUCUGGGAGCUCGGCGGGUGCUCGUGACGGGGACGGGGCCGCUGGGGUGCGUGCCGGCGGAGCUGGCCAUGAGGGGCACCAACGGCGAGUGCGACCCGGAGCUGCAGCGCGCCGCCGGCCUGUUCAACCCCCAGCUGGUGGAACUCAUCGGCGAGCUCAACAAGGAGAUCGGCUCCAACGUCUUCAUCGCCGCCAACGCUUUCAAUAUGCACAUGACCUUCAUCACCGAGCCCGAAAAAUACGGUAAUUACAUAGAUCCGAACUAUAUCUCGUGCAACUCUAUUACUAGCUCCUCAUUGGGCCACGUAAGCAUUUUCUCUCCAUUUUAGCUGCAUGUAGCUUUUUCUAUAGCUUCUCUCUCGAAAGUCUAGGCCUCGCUUUUUCUGACCAGUAGUCGGCAAUGUACCAGUAACACCGCCCUCUCUCUCUCUCUCUCUCUCUCUCUCUCUCUCUCUAGCUCAUUAUUUUUCACAUGGGUUAAUUUAGGUUGACGCAGAGAGCUCAGCCCAGACUUUAUGUCCACAUUCAUCUGGGUCUCUCACUCUCAUUACUUUACACGUGUGUUCAGACAGGCUCCGACUGAACUUCAUCCGAACCCAUUUUCCGGGCUUCUAUCUCUCUCUCUCUCUCUCAUUAUUUUCCGCGUGGGUUCAGACAGCGGGCUCGCACUGAAAUUCAUCCGAACGUAUUUUCCGGGCUUCUCUCUCUCUCUCCCUUCUUCUAUAUCUCCCUAUAGUUAUCUUAGUUUCUCUCUCUCUGUUUCUCUCUCGUCCCCAUCUCUUUUUCUGGGUUCAUUCUCAAGAGUGCUUUUCUUGACGACCCCAUGUCAAAUACGAGACAAUUAUUUGGGCCUCUCUCUCUCUCUCUCUCAUAAUUUUUCUGGGCUCCUCUCUCCGGGCGGGACCGAGCUGAGCCCAACCACACAGCCUCGGCCACAAACACGACGAGCUCUUCACCGAUCUGACUCCGAGUCAACUCUUCCCUCUUCCACCGCAGGUUUCGAGACGUCCAAGGAAGCUUGCUGCGGCCAGGGGCCAUACAACGGGAUCGGUCUCUGCACCAUCGCCUCCAACCUCUGCCCCGACCGCAGCGUCUACGUCUUCUGGGACGCCUUCCAUCCCACCGAGCGCGCCAACCGAAUCAUCGUUGACCAGAUGCUCAGCGGCUCCCUUGAUCACAUUUCCCCCAUGAACCUCAGCACCGCCCUCGCCCUCGACGACGCCCGCGCCUAG